UAAAGAGCUGUCGGUGCGCAGUUCAUCAUCUCUUCAGAGAAAUAUACAGUGCGUUUAUUAACGACUCGCGUCGUAUCUGGACAGUUAUUUAUUUUCCAUUAUGACAGAGAAUAACUUGACAGCACAUGCUCUGGAAUACCCAGUGUGCUCAGAAUGGAAGGAAAAUCCUGAAGGAUCAAUGUUUCAUCUCGCACAUAUGCUGCUGGUUUUAGGAUUUAUGGGCGGCAGCGGCUUUUAUGGAUCACUCUACAUGUUCAGCUUUUUAACGCUGGGGUUUUUCUGUUAUUCGAUCUGGGCAUGGUCCGAUCCCUGCACGACUGACUCGUUUUCAUGGGCUUUCGCCCUUUUCGCCUUCUGUCUGGCACAAGUUGUUCAUGGGUCGUACCGAUUGCGAAGCAUCACUUUUGAUAAAGAGUUCCAGGAUCUCUACGAUCAUAUGUUCAAAAAGCUGGGGGUAUCCUUAACCCAUUUUGGAAAAAUCGUGGAGUGUUGUGAGGGCGAUGUCUACACUAUAGAUAAAGACCACUGCUUCGCCGUGGAGGGUAAAACCUCCAUCGACAAACUGUCCGUUCUUAUCUCAGGCAGGAUACGAGUGACGGUGAACGGGGAGUUUUUGCACCACAUCUAUCCAUUUCAGUUCCUGGACUCUCCAGAGUGGGACUCCCUCAGACCUCCAGAAGAAGGGAUUUUUCAGGUUACGUUACGUGCAGAUAACCGGUGCAGGUACGUGGCGUGGAGACGUAAGAAACUCUAUCUGCUGUUCGCGCAGCACCGCUACAUCGCCAAGAUCUUCGCGCUGCUGGUGCGCAAUGACAUCGCGGAGAAACUCUUCUCUCUCAACGAAAAGGCUUUCGACACCCGCGGGUUCCGCUACGAUCUCCGGUUACCAAGCUUCUGUCACGGACCACAGCCAGAAAUAGAAAACACAAGUGAAUCCCGGCCAGUGCUGGGACAGAGUGAAACCAAACCGACAGAAAGAGACUCAUGAGAAACGCACGCUCCAAAUUUGUGUAGCCUUAAAUUAUGGCAAUUAAUGGUCCUAGUUUUGUCAAGCGUUGUUGUAUUCUUUUAUAUCCCACACAUAUUUUUGUCCUUGUUUUAUUUAAUUGUAGUGACCUGAAAUCAAGUGUUUUUGUUCAGUCAAGCCAUUUUUCAACAAUUGCUCAGAUUAACACUUAAUUAGUAUACACUGUAUAUCAAGGCAUCUGUGGAAACGUUGUCUGAAUGAAUGAGAUAUUAACUGUUUAGAAUCAAGCUUUCACGUGAAGACUAGUCUCUCAUCUCUCUGCAUCACCAAUACAUCCUAGAACACCUACAUGAACACUGUCAAUCUGAAGUUGUUAUUUAACUGUUGCCCAUGCCUAUGUAGGCUAGUAUGUUUGCUUUACACACAAAUGAAAUGUUCACACAUUUUGAAAAUAAAAUAAAAAAUUCUUAUAGACUCGUAAAAGCAACUAUGAAGGGGUAUAUCAAUGAUUUCAGAA